AUGAUUGCUAGGUGCCGGGCUAAAUGCUGGAUAGUGCAGUUAAAGGAAGAGAAUCAAAACCUGCAUGUUGAAACCAACCAACGAGGAAUAAAAGGUCACAUUAUAAUUUACCCUCAACAACCUGAUGGUGUUGCCACUGUACUACCUCCAACAGUGGAUGAUAUUGUGACACCUAUUUGUGUGAUAUUUGUUGGCUCCACUCCUCCUUCUCAUGCAUGGCUUCAAGAAAAAGCAAAACCAUUGAUAGCUCGACGCGAAAAGGUUCGAGCCGCAUUGGUCUGGUUAAAACAGCACAACUGUUCUUACAAGAACAUCGUCAUUGAUCAUGCACGAUUGAACGCUAUGGAAACUGAAACCAUUAUGCCAUUUCAUGUCAAUCAUGUUCUUCCUGAUAUCGGCAAAGACAUUUUGACGUCAAGAUACGAUGCUCAAACAGAUCACAUCAUGGUAGAAGAUUUAACAGAUGUAGAUGGACAUGCUUCUCCAAAUGAACUGCGUGCUGCUGCUGUACGUCAUGUGAAAAAUAAGAGCGGCGGGUACAUACAAAUCCCUCACGAUCCUCAGCCGGUCAAUGAGUUUUUUAAUCCUGAUUUGUUCCCUCUGAUAUAUCCAACAUUGUUUCCAUAUGGUGUUGGUGGCUUCGAAGAUUGUUUAUGCCGUGAACCUCUGUCAAUGAAAAGGCACGUCAAACAUUUG